AUGAUUAAACGUACAUAUAUAACUCGUGGAUCGACUUUUGACGGGAACAGUGGAUUGGCCGUUACAGUAUCUCCUGAUGGCACAUACUCGAUAAGUGUAAACAACGAGACAUGGCUGAAUAGCGCAAACACUUUCUUCAAUAUAAAUGGGAAGUUAUUCUCCAGUGAUGACAAGACGCUGCUAUUGGUGAAAAUUUCAGACCCCGCGCCAGGUGCUGAUAACCUUGGAAAUUUCAUGCAACAGUCAAUCGUUUGGCAGGCUCUGACAAAAUCUGGUCAAAAGUCUGUUGUAACAGGUAUAAGAGUCUACAAGGAUAUUUCUGCGGUGGUGUUUAGUCAGAAUUUCCCAGAAGAGUUGACAGGGACAAGCAUCAAUUGGUCAAAUGGUGUAUGUACAGGGUUUCCCAGCUUCAAAGUUGAGGGCAAAAAAGGUGACAAAGGUUUCUUGUCAUACGGGGGACUAUUUCUUGAGACAACGAAUACAGGCGGUUGGCAUACAGGUGGUUUGGGAAUAAAUGAUGGACUAUAUGGAGGACCUUUAGCCAUCUUUGAUAAAAAUCUAAACACAGUGAUGAUAUCAUCGUUUUCUGAAUUCAUGGCUGGAUCACUGCAUCUUCAGAAUGGUGUCAUCAGCUUUGGAAUUAUGGGUAAUGCUAGCAUGAUUCCCCAGGACUAUAAUUAUCAGACUAUUGUUUAUUACAGUCGUGGGAUAAAUCAGGCAAUCUAUGAAUGGGGUGAAACGCUGCUAAAGAAUUAUGGGAAAACAAGAGCAAACAUGAAAUCUGAUUUUAUGGUUAAUUAUUUAGGUUAUUAUACAGACAAUGGUGCUUAUUAUUAUUACAAUACUGAGUCUGGUAAGAACUAUGAGGACACAAUGCUAGCUGUCAAGUUGCAUAUUGAUAUUGAUCAAAUACCUUUCAGAUAUCUGCAGUUGGAUUCGUGGUGGUACUUUAAAGGUGUUGGUGGUGGUGUGAAAAACUGGACUGCCAGAUCUGAUGUGUUCCCACAUGGUUCAGUAUAUCUGUCAGAUAAAAUUGGUCUUCCUAUCAUAGCACAUAACAGGUGGUGGUCCAGUGAUACGACAUAUGCACGUGUGAAUGGUGGUAAAUGGAAUUUUAUCGUGGAACCAGACACCCAGUAUUCUCUUCCAAUCGAUCAGGGUUUCUGGGACUAUCUUCUGGGAACUGCUAGAGACUGGGGAUUGAAAGUAUAUGAACAGGAUUGGUUAAACCAGCAAAUUGAUGAAAUGCAUAUAACACAAAGUGACGUAACUAUUGGUCGUACCUGGUUGAUGCAGAUGGGUAAAGGUGCCUCCAAGAAUGGGAUGACAAUCCAAUACUGUAUGCCUAUGCCAAGACAUGUGCUACAAAGUGUCGAAAUACCAGUGGUCACACAGAUCAGAGCAAGUGAUGACUACCAUCCUGGUAAUGAUCAAUGGAAAAUUGGAUUAAGUUCAAUCCUGCACCAUGCAGUAGGACUAGCACCUUAUAAAGACACCAUGUGGACUAGCAGUAAACAACCAGGGGAUCCUUAUACAAAUGGAACCGAACUUUUCACCGAGUUGCAGAGUGUGGUGUCAUUAUUGAGCAGUGGUCCUGUGGGUCCUGGAGAUAAAAUAGGAUACAUGAACAAAUCACUAAUAAUGAGAUCCUGCAACAGUGACGGUUUGUUACUGAAACCAUCCAAGCCAGCAACAGCCAUUGAUCCACAGAUAUAUAGAAGUGCUUUAGGGAGUGGCGGUCCUGAUGGUGAAGUGUGGUCGACUUACAGUGAUAUUGCAGCAUAUAGAUUUGGUACUUUACUCUGGGUUAAUGUUAAAACAUCGUAUCCUAUCACUCCACAACAGGCUGGAUUUGGACAGCUUGGUAGUAGUUAUGCCUUCAGUGACAGGAAUCCUGCAGGCACAUUAGUCAAAUUUGAUGAGAAAAAUCUACUAAACCAACAGAAAUGUGGAAAAGAUGACUUCGGACUAUGGCAUACUACACCUGAAAUACCAAUUACAGCAAGCAAUAGAUCUGUAUUACUGCUCGGUGAGUUAUCUAAAUGGGUGAAGAUGUCUCCUCAGCGUGUUAUCGAUAUCAUAACUUACUCCGCAGAUAUCGUACUAACAUUACAAGGCGGUGUUGGUGAACACAUUGAAUUCACUCUGGUUUAUACUGAUGAUUUGAAGACACCACAAGUUGUGAAAUGUGUUUUCCCUGAGUCUGGUAAAAUGCAGAUGCACAUUUCAAACAAAAAGUGUCAUCCAUAUUGA